GUCAGUGUGACUGAGAGGAGAAAUGGAGCAGCAGGCAGUUCAGCUAGACAGAGAAACUUUCUCCUGUUCCAUCUGUCUAGAUCUACUGAAGGAUCCGGUGACUAUUCCCUGUGGACACAGCUACUGUAUGAACUGUAUUACAAACUUCUGGGAUGAAGGUGAGAAAAAGAAAAGCUACCACUGUCCUCAGUGCAGACAGACCUUCACACAGAGGCCUGUCCUGCAGAAGAACACCAUGCUAGCAGCUUUACUGGAACAGCUGAAGAAGACUGGACUUCAAGCUGCUCCUGCUGACCACUGUUAUGCUGGACCUGAAGAUGUGGCCUGUGAUGUCUGUACUGGGAGAAAACUGAAAGCCGUCAAGUCCUGUUUAGCCUGUCCGGCCUCUUACUGUGAGAAACACCUUCAGCCUCAUUAUGAUUCAAUUCCUUUAAAGAAACACAAGCUGGUGGAGCCGUCCAAGAACCUUCAGGAGAACAUUUGCUCUAAGCAUGAUGAGGUGAUGAAGAUGUUCUGUCGAACGGAUCAGAAGUGUAUCUGUUAUCUCUGCCCUGUGGAUGAUCAUAAAGGCCACAACACAGUAUCAGCUGCAGCAGAAAGGACUGAGAGACAGAACGAGCUACAGGGGAGACGAAGUAUCAUCCAGCAGAUGAUCCAAGGCAAGGAUACAGAUGUAAAACUGCUUCAACAGGAGACGAAGGCCAUCAAUCGCUCUGCUGAUAAAACAGUGGAGAACUGUGAGAAGAUCUUCACCCAGCUGAUCUGUCUCCUCCAGAAAAGAAGCUCUGAUGUGAAGCAGCAGAUCAGAUCCCAGCAGGAAACUGAAGUGAGUCGAGUCAAAGAUCUUCAGGAGAAGCUGGAGCAGGAGAUCACUGAGCUGAAGAGGAAAGACGCUGAGCUGGAGCAGCUCUCACACACAGAGGAUCACACCCAUUUUCUACACAGCUACCCCUCACUGUCAGUACUGAGUGAGACUAGCCAUAUAUCCAUCAUCAAGGUUCGUCCUCUGAGACACUUUGAGGAUGUGACAGCAGCUGUGACAAAGCUCCGAGAUAAACUACAGGACAUCCUGAAGGACUCAUGGACAAACAUCUCCCUGUUGGUAACUGAUGUGAAUGUUUUACUGUCAGAACCAGAACUAAAACCAAAGAGCAGAGCUGGAUUCUUAAAAUAUUCAUGUCAAAUCAUUAGGGAUCCAAAUAUAGAAAAUGAUAACCUGUUGCUGUCAAAGAGGAACAGGAAAGUGAAAGCAAUUAAUCAUCAUGAGUCUUAUCCUAGUUAUCAGCACUAUCCUAAUCAGCUUCAUCCUAAUCAAACAGACAAUUUCACAGGAUGGUGUCAGGAUGGUGAUCAGUCUGACUGAUCGUUGUUACUGGGAAGUGGAGUGGAGCGGACAACAGGUUUUUGUAGCAGUCUCUUACAAGAAUAUUAAGAGCGUAGGAAGUGAACGUAAUGACGAUUCAUGGGCAUUAGAGUGUUCCCAAAACAGUUUUAAAUUUGUUACCAACAACUCAUGGUUCACUGUCUCAGGUCUAGUUUCCUCCAGAGUCGGAGUGUACCUGGAUCGCGGAGCAGGACUUCUGCACUUCUACAGUGUCUCUGAAACCAUGACUCUCCUCCACAGAGUUCAGACCACAUUCACUGAACCACUACAUGCUGGAGUUUAUGUUUGCGACGCUGGAGACUCUGUAGAGUUCAUUAAACCAAAGUAGAGUUUUUCUUUGAUUGUUGAUCAAUUGUUGUUCCAUAUAACACAGUAGGAGUGUAACAGGUAAACCUUCUAUGGAUGCAAAUGUGACUAAAAACCCACCUGUUUAUUAUUGUA